CUAUGAGCUAACCUAAAAAAUGCAGAAAGUGACAGUCACAGUCAAAACAAAAAUAAUGAAAUUAAAAUGAUUUUCAGAAAAUCUCUAUAAUCUAUUUAAUAGUUUCAAAAAUGAAUUAGAUAUACGAAUGCCAGUAUAAUGAUAAAAAAACUGAAGAUGAGGUCCCAGUUUUCAAACUUCCUGAGAAAUAUGUCUCGCGAACUUUCUCGAGGGAUGGAAUAUGCUAGUAUAAAUAAAAUACAUAAGACGGCUGGAAUGAUUGUUAUUGGAGAUGAGAUAUUGAAAGGACAAGUCACAGACACUAACUCCCCACUUUCCUGCCAAAUUUUACAUGACUUAGGUGUUAAGAUGAAAAAGAUUUCAGUUGUAGGAGAUGAUAUCACCGCAGUAAGUAGUGAGGUAUCCCAUUUUUCCAGUUCAUAUGACUAUGUAAUAACUACAGGAGGAAUUGGCCCAACACAUGAUGAUAUUACUUUUGAAGGAGUAGCUCAAGCUUUCAGUGAGCCCUUAGUAAAUAAUACUGAGAUUCAAGCUCUAUGUGAAAAAUACAAUCAUCAAUGUUCAAAGAUCAAACUUUCACGUAUACCACUGUCAGCUAAGUUGAAAUUUUACCCUGAACUGAAAUUUCCUAGAAUAAGUGUUAGAAAUGUAUUUUUGUUCCCUGGUAUUCCUGAGUUUUUCCAGAAAGCUUUCUUAGUUGUAGCGAAAGACUCAUUCCAGUGUAGCGGGCGGUUCUAUUCAAAAUCUGUGUAUCUUAAUGCAACAGAAGAACAAAUUUUGAAAGAUUUGAACUCCUUAGUGGCCCUUUGUCCAGCAGUGGAAUUUGGAUCUUAUCCAAAAAUUAAUGAUGAAUGCUAUAAGUUGAAAAUAACCAUUGAAUCCUCUGAUGAAGAAACUACUAAUAAGGCAUAUCUGAAAUUGUUGGAAUUGGUCCCCAAGCAGGUGGUAGUUGAUAUAAAGUUAUAGAAUUGACAUUAAUAAUAUGUUUAUGUACAUAAAAUUCAACAGUAUAUACACAAUAAAGAUUUGAGUUUUA